AUGGCCAUGGAUCAACCAAUAUCCACCGUUUAUGUACACAACCUUGAAGAGAGGGUGAAGAUUCAAGCGUUAACAGACGCUUUGAAGACCAUCUUCUCCGAGUUUGGCGAAGUUGUCGAUGUCGUUGCCAAGAAGAACCUCAAAGCCAAGGGCCAGGCUUUUAUAGUGUUUGCCCAUCCAGACAGUGCGAGAAGCGCAAUCGAAGAGCUACAUGGAUUUCAACUAUUCGAUAAACCAAUGAAGCUGUCCCUUGCCAAAACUCGAAGCGACAGGUCGAUAGAGAUGAAUUGUUCACCCCAGGAGUUCGAUGAACACAAGAGACAUCGCUUAGCGGAGAAAGAGAAACGGAUCGCGCAAGCAGCCGCGGAAGGGGAACGACAGGCCAAGAGAAAUGCGGGUGCAAUCACAGACAACAGACCCAACAAGCUUACCAGGCCCUCCGGCUUGAAAUCGACCGGACCAGCAGCUUCUCAAGUGAUCCCGGACGAAUAUCUUCCACCAAACAAGAUCCUGUUCUUGCAAAAUAUACCAGAGGAAUACGACAUCGACGCACUUGGCGCAAUUUUUGGUAGAUUCGAAGGAUUCCGGGAAAUUAGACUUGUGCCUGGACGCCGGGGUAUUGCUUUUGUUGAAUACGAAGCUGAGCAGGGGGCGAUCAAUGCGAAGGAGAAUACAUAUGGGAUGAAGCUAGGAGAUACUAUAAUCAAGGUUACGUAUCAAAGACAGUAG